GUCUGGCGUGCAGCGUAGUCCCUGUAUGGGAGGAGGGUACCCUGUAUGGUAACAAGGGGGGAUUUGCUGACCGAUAGAGCGGCCGCUAGCGAUCUUGGGGGUAGAUCGAGCAAAUCCGGGGUGACCGCUGCAUCCCGGUAUCGGGAGCCAGGACGGACCUGUCGAUGACUGGUAUAUAAGAGGCAGGAGAAGGGUAAGCGCACCCCCUCGCAAUUGCGCUUGGUUUAUGGGGUAAGCGGACCCCCUCACAAUUGCGCUUGGUUUAUUUUUGCAGCUGCUGAAAGGUUGUCAACUGGAGCGAUGAUUGUAUGAUGUGAAUGUUUGGAAAUUUAUGUUAAAGAUUUUGUGUGGGUGUGUGGAAAUGAUAUGUUGAAAUUUAUAGGUGUAUGUAUGUUUGUUAAUGUGUGAAUGUCUUUACGUAUUAAUAGGGGUGAUUCCCUGCUUUGUAUGUGGGCUUGUAACUGGACUAUAUAGUAAUUAGCAUCCGGCUUGGGUUUUGAAGUGUAAAUCUUGUGGGAGAAGGUGGUACUGUACAUCUAGCAGACGGAAACCAGACUGCCUUGAGUGUUUUCCCCAAAUUCCACACUUUUAUGAUUGGGAAAGAGCUCACUAAGAAUCCGAAAUAGUGAGAUUGGUGCGUAAAGGAAAAUUUAAUUCCAGAAAUUUGGGACGUGUGGGAGGGAAACUGGGGGAAGACUAUAAAGAAGUGUAAGGAACGAUUUGCAUGGAAGCUUAUUAAAAGGAGAAGCCAAAAUCAAACUUAAGAAUCAUUAGGAGGAGUAUUAAAAUGGGAAACAAUCAAGGAGGAGUAUUGAGGAAGAGUCCUCUGGGUUGUGUAAUUGCCCACUGGAAAGAUAUUGUUGGGACCGGAGGUACGGAAAGUAAAAAGAACCUUAUUAAAUACUGCAAUCAAUGGUGGCCGUUGUAUAAGUUAGAAGGUGAUGCUAAGUGGCCACUUAAUGGGUCAAUAGAUUAUAAUACUCUAUUACAACUAAUGCUGUUUUUAAGGAGAGAAGGAAAAUGGGAUGAGGUUUCGUAUGCAGACAUGUUUUUCACCCUCCGAAACCAUCCGGAGUGGCAAAGGGACUGUGGAAUGGUACCCCCACAGGACCCCAUGGUGCUUGCACUUGAGCAAGAAAACAACAAGGAGCUUAGAGGUAAACUGAGGCGGUGCUGUUCGGCAUGUAGUAUUGGACAAAGAUGUACAAAGACAAAUAAAAUUCAUCAGGCACCAGAACAAGAUCUAAUUGAUUUGUUUAAGCCUCCCCCUCGACCACAGGAACAGGAUGCAGACUCGGAUAGAACUCCAACCCCCCCGGACAGCCCUGUAUCUUCCCGUACUAGGAAGAAAACUACCUCAACAGCUUUACAAGCACCUCUCCGAGAGGUGGUGGGGCCGGAUGGUGGGACGAUGUUAAUCAAAGUACCCUUUUCUACUGCUGACCUAGGGGAAUGGAAAAAGGUUGCAAAAGAUUAUAGGAGAGAUCCGAUAAGUGUAACUAAGCAUUUCCAAUUUAUUGUAAAACAGCAUAACCCUGAUUGGAAAGAUAUACAGCUAUUAUUGGAAUAUAUGACUGAGACAGAGAAACAGCUGAUUUUAAAAACAGCAGGGAACCUUGCUGAAGAUCAUUAUAAGAUUACAGGAGGGGACAUUAAGGAAUAUUUCCCUCUCCAAGACCCAAAGUGGGAUGUUAAUAGAUCUGCACAUAUGGAAAGAUUGCAGGGGUAUCAGGAGUGGAUUACAAAAGGAAUGGAGAGAGCAAUCCCCAAAACUAUAAAUUGGUCAGCUUUAUAUGCAGUUAAACAGAGUCCUUCCGAGUCUCCAUCCGAAUUCCUGGAUCGAUUGAGGGAUGUAAUGCGCCGCAGCACACCGCUGGAUCCUGGGUCAGAGUCUCUUACAGAAAAAACUCUGGAGCCACAGUGGGAAGGACCAUUUCAAGCGUUACUUACCUCCUUCACCGCGAUUAGGAUCAAGGAACAGAGCGCCUGGAUCCAUCACACUAGGGUGAAGAAGGCACCCAAAGGACAAUGGACUUCACAAGAAAAGGGACCUUUGAAGCUCAAAUUUGUAAAACAUUGAUUGUCAUGCUCCUGAGUUGGACCUUGCCCAAGGGGCAGGCUUGGGAUCGAAAUACUUAUUUAAAUAUGACAGAGAGUAUCUCGAAAGUACUAAAUUUAUCAGAUUGUUGGGUAUGUAAUCCCCUUCCUCGGGGGAACAUGGAACUCCCCUUUUUAGGAGUCCCAACCACAAAUUGGACAUCUCUUAUUAAAGACGGGCCAGACAGGAAUGGAUCAUGCCUUUAUGGAAAGGGAAAUACCCAGCGGGGACCCAGCUUUGAUCUGGAGGUACCUGACCCUAAAGAGGUCUUAAUUACUGGCCGUUGCUUAAAUAUUACUGAUAAUAUUUGGGGAGACAUGGAUAAUUGUAGCCUUGUGGAAAAUCUGGGAACUUUUGAUAAAGGAAAAUUAGAACAUCUUGGACUGAACUUAACUAUCAGUUUCUAUUAUAUCCGGAAACCAAAGAGGGGGCCAGGAAAGAAGGGGCGAGAACAAGACAGAAGGGAGCUGCAUCUCGGUCCAAGAUGCAACAUAGGGCCCGGAUACUGGUGGCUCUGUGGGGAUGGCAGGGCCAGAAAGAGUUUACCCCAGAACUGGAAGAGACACUGUGUUCGGGGGGUACCUUGCACCUCAGAUCAGUAUAUUCGAGGGAGCUUCGCCUCCCCGAGGGUUUUUGAGAACACCUUGGCUCCGUGUAAAACGGACUGAAAACCCACUAAUUAUUCGAGGUACUAGGUACCAUAGUGUUGUCCGAUGGUUAAUCCCCUCUUUAGGGGUAAGUGAGUUGGAGAAAGCUAUCGUGAAUAUAUCUGCUACAUUAGAGGUUAUAGAAAAUGCUACAAUUGAUGCAAUUCGAGGGCUGCAACUGGAAAUACAAUCCCUAAGUAAAGUAGUACUCCAAAAUAGAAUGGGAUUGGACAUGCUUUUAGCAAAAGAAGGGGGCUUAUGUGUAGUUAUAAACCAAACUUGCUGUACCUAUAUCAAUCGAAACCAACGAAUUGAAACAGAUCUUGAAGAGAUAUGGGAAAAGACUAAAAUACUACAUGAAGCUUCCCAAGAUGACACUUCUUGGGGCUUGACAGGCAUAUUAGAAAAAUUAACCUCCUGGUUGCCAAAUUUGGCAUGGUUGAAGCAAUUGUUUGUCACUAUAAUAAUCAUCAUUCUCUUGUCUGUGGUCCUUUGCAUAGUGGUUCGAUGUGGCUUUUUGUGCUGUAAGAGUACAGGAGACUCUUACAGUGAAUGGAAAAAGAAUCAGUUACGACAAAAACUCGAGACCAACAAAUACUUUGAGAGGAUACUAGAUAGGGAAACAAUGUAUUAGAAGUACUAGGAUUAGAUAUAGUAAAAGAAUUUACUAUUUUCUAGAAAAGGGGGGACUGAGACAAGGGGAGUCAAAAGAAUCUCAAUAGACAUAAUAA